AUGAACAUUCCUUUUCUUGAUGCCUUCCAAGAGAUGUCGGGUUUUGCAAAAUAUUUGAAGGAGCUAUUGACAAAUAAGAGACUGAUCAAGCAUGGCACUAUGUGUCUGACUCAUCUUGUUAGUUCUAUCAUAUCUACAACCAGUGUUCAGAAGAAAGAGGAUCUAGGGGCCUUUACUAUUCCAUGUUCUGUUGGUCAUCAUGAUUUCGCUCGUGCUUUAUAUGAUAAUGGGGCUAGCAUUAACUUUAUGCCACUUACUAUUUAUAAGCAGUCAAGUUUAGAAUGCCUAGACCUACCACCAUGCGACUACAGAUGGCUGAUAAAUCUACAAAGAGGUCAGUUGGGGGUUGUUGAUGAUGUGCUUAUUCGGGUUGGUGAAUUUUUUCUAUCGGCAAAUUUUGUAAUUCUUGAUUGUGCUAUUGAUCGAGAUAUUCCUAUUAUUCUGGAGAGACCUUUCCUUGCCGAGGGAAGGGCUCUUAUAGAUUUAGAGAAGAACCAGAUCAAGUUCCGUCUUAAUUAUAAAGAGGUGACUUUUCAGGCUUGCAAGGGAAUGAAGCUAUCGAGUACUUAA